AUGACGACUCCUUUCAUCUGGGAUACUCCGGAAGAGCCCUCGCUGCCGGACCGGAGACCGAAUGCACGCAUGGAAAUGAGAAAAAGCCACGCGGUCAUGGCUUCGGAGGAUUCCCACAUGGAGCGAGCUCUACCUGAAGGUACUGUCCCGCCUCUCGGCGAGCCUGUUGACGAGUUGAAGACCUUGAUUGUAACGUAUGCGACGGAGCAUGUUCACAGCUUUGCCCAGUACUCACUGCCUUUGAAUGCAAACUGGGCACGCGACUUCGGCCACUCUUUCGUCGUCGAUGCGCGUGCGCGCGCCUCCGGAGGCGUUGACGUCAAGAACUCCAAGGUCCUUGUGAAGAAGCACUGGGUCGAUCACCCCAAGGAGGAGUGGAUUCUGUGGAUCGGAGCCGAUGCUGUCCUGGUCAACUUCGACAGUGACAUCUUGAGGCAGACGAUUCGCCUACAUGCGACCCCGCAGGCGCAGGUCAUCAUCACUCGGGAUCCACACGGGAGAGCAGGAGACUCCAUGUCCCUCUUCAACGCAGAUGUCAUCCUCAUUCGAAGGUCUCCAUGGAGCUCGCAGUUUCUGCAGCGGUGGUGGGACGACGAACGCAUGAAAGAGGGCCGCACUGACCAGGAGGUGCUCGAACUCCUCUACGUCGAGGAUGUACUGGGAGCUCGAAAAGCCUUUGUCCUCCUACCACCCAGAGCACUGAAUUCCGACUCCCUUUCCAUCAUCGCUGGACCUCCCAGCGAGCAGCCGGUGGUGCAUUUGGGAGGAGCCGCUGGGAAGCUCCCGGAGUUUGGAGCUUCGGAGCGCCCCGGAUUCCAUAAGGAC